CAGGUCAGAGGUUCGGAAUGCAGCGGCAAGGUUAGAAAAAAUGAUGGCUGAUGUCCUGGAAACAGACUUGAACAUUAGGGAUAAGCCUGAUUUGAAAAAGCAAGCAGCAGAGGAUGUACAUAAAACAGGUCGAAUGAAUGAAGGAAAUGAGCUCAGUGGAGAUGUGAAAAAGGGUGAAGGAAUGCAAGGUGAAAAUGUAGUUCAAUGUUUAGCAACUGGCUUUGGAAAUACCUAUAUCUCCACAUUCAGUGAAAGCCAGUUUGAGUUUCGUGGACACUGCUCAUAUGUUCUACUCAGGGAUAAUAGUGACCCUCAUGGCUUCAGUAUUUUGUUGGAUCAAGAAAAGGAUUGUCUCAAAGGGAAAUGUAUGCGCAAGAUCAUAUUCAACAAAGGCAAUAUUCCGGUUCUAGAACUACUGACCAUUGCAGACUUCUUUCAAAAAUUCGGGGAGUCUUUGCCCAUGAUCUACAAUGGAAUGUACAUCUAUGGCACUCAGCAAGAAUUGUUUAUCAAAAUAAAUAAAGGAUUGACGGUCCUCUGGAAUGGGAAAGGAACAGUUAUUGUUUCUAUGAAGAAGCCAAUUGAUGUCACUGGACUUUGCAGUCAUUCUGGCGGUAAGGAAUGGUUCAUGAAAUGUUUGAUAUUAUUAGAAUGACACCUGGAUUAAGGGUUGACUUAUGCUAAAAGUCUGAGUACAUUUGGUUUAUGAUCUAUGAUGAUGACAAGUGUUGGAAUAGCAUGGCUAAGUUUAACCUGCAGACGAUCACCACCAGCAUCAUAUUGUGUGACCUAUUUGGACUCUUGAUCACCAUAUGUAGAUUUGUUGCCACCAUUUAUCUUUGGAACCUUCAGGACUUGCUUGGUCUAGUGUGGUAAAACAAAUGGCAGUAAAAAGGCUAGGCUGUUAUCUUGAACACACUGUAGUUUAUAGUAAGGUAACAAUCAUGUACAAGACAUUAUUACAUAAGGAGAACUUGUUGCUUGGUCUGUCUCCCUUGAGAUCCAGAGCUGUUGUGCCUUUUUUCAUUAAAAUCUUUAUAGCUUCAUCAGGUUGGGUGCAGCUUAAUGUAAUCCUUAGCAUUAACUCUUUCAGAUCCAUUACCUUAGAAAGUAAUAAAUUUAAGACAUGAUCUGAUUAAGAUGCUAAUAAAAAAUUAACGAUUUUGAUUCUAUGAUACCUUCAGGUUUGGAAAACCUACCAAGUAUGCUUUCCUGCAGUUAAAUGUAGACCAUAUUUGAGUGAUGAUUGGAAACCACCAUAAAGUGUUAAUAAUAUUUGUGUUUGCCAAUUAAAUGAAGCAGUACUUGUGUUUUGGAUAAUUUGGAUUUAGAAAGGAACACAUUGACAAAAGAGCCUAUUGAAUUUUCUGUUUUCUAAUUUUGUGAAUGGGAAAUUCGAGUUGAUCUCUUAAAUCUAUAUGAUUGUAUUCAUGAUUUUAU